AUGCCCCUGAGCCACACGGACCCGGCGAGCGACACGGCGGGCCUCAUCGAGGUCGUCGUGCGCCGGACGCGCGGCCGGUCCGACUCCGGCGAGAACGUGUUCUUCGCGUCCGACGGCGAGGAGACGGAGGCCCUCGUGGGCGAGUUCGUCGGCUGGUGGGCCGCGGCGCUCGCCGGGAAGGCGCCGGAGACGCCGGGCGCGCCCUGCGUCGGCCUCGCGGACCGGCUCAAGAGCGGGACGGAGGCGGCGCACGCGGAGGCGGAGAACGUCGCGUUCGUGCAGCUCCUGCUGGGCGGCAAGGCCCCGUUGGAGGGCUACGUCUGCCUCGUCGCCGCCCUGCGGCGCAUCUACGGCGCGCUGGAGGCCGCGGCCGACGCGCGGUCGGACGCGGGCCCCGUGCGGGCCGUGUCCGAGGGCCGCGCGGACGCGCUGCGGCGCGCCGCGGCGCUCGACGCGGACCUGGCCUACUACCGGCGGCGGGACGCGGCGCUCGUCGGCCGCGCCGAGGCCUUCGCCCUGCGGUCCCCGGCGACGAAUAGCUACGUCGCGCACCUCGACGUGCUCGGCGACGGUUCGAAGACGACGGCCGCGGGCGCCGAGGCGCUCGUCGCGCACCUCUACACGCGCUACCUCGGCGACCUGAGCGGCGGCCAGAUCCUGCGGCGCGCCGUCGUCCGCGCCUACGGCCUCGCGCCCGCGUCCGGCACGACGCUCGACGCGGGCGAGGGCGUCGCGUUCUACGACUUUCCGCGGAUC